ACUACGAAUACAUAUAUUUAUAAUAAUUAAUAUUCAGCUGUUAGAAACCGUGUUUAUAUUUAUUUACUCUAUAAUAAUACAAUUGUUGUGUACACUAAGCGAGUGAAAUGUCUGAAAAUCUUAAUUCGAGCGUCUCUGCAUCAGAAAUUGAUAAAUCGAUUGUGGUAGAACAGUCUUCUGGUGGUGGUCAUGUUGACACUCGUGCUGCGGCAGACAGUGUCAGUGAAAGCGCCAGGGCGGGCAGUGGAGACAGGGACAAUGUAAACUCGGGUAGUAUUGCCAUCAGGAGUAGUGUCACAAAUUCCGAGGGAAAAGAAAUCACACAACUGCAGAAUCAACUGUCUGGCAUUACAGUAUCACGGUGCAAAGGCUUAGAUCUCAAGUUGAAGAAUGAGUACCACAAGUUUCCAGACUCUUAUAAAAGUAAUACUCCAAAGGAACUUCUAAUACUGGGAUAUGCCGAGAACUUCAGGCGACAAUACGUACAUCUUUACAAAGACCGCAAGCCUUUACUCUUGUCUCCUUUCAAUGAAUGUGAAUGUGAGGUACAACGAUAAUUAAAAGUAUCUUCUCUCAUAAUUAACUAAUUAGUAAUAAAUUACCUGAAAGCCAAUACAAAUAUCAUGUUCAUUGUUGAGGUAUAAAUGAGUGUUAGCCUUGAAAGACAUCACGGUUUUACCAAAGAGUGGCAAAUAAAAAAUCUGUUUAUAACAUCCAUGCCAAUAGAUGUACUUUAUACAUUGCAUUAAUAUUUACAUUUCCAGAAAUUUGUUUGUACAACACUGAACCAAACCAGUCUUCAAUUUGAAGAAUUGUACGAGUUUGACAAGUGUGCAGCUUUCGUGGCAGACUGUCUGAACUAUGUACCACUGCACCCUCCCACUGAACUUGUAAGUAUAGACCCUGCUUUCAUGACACAGA